AUGGCUGAACCUUGUCCCAAGACUGGCAAACCAAGAAAUAAGAUUAGACCAAAAAUAGCAGUCCUGGCGAACGACGGGUGUACUAGUACAACGGGCGUUGAAGGCGACUUCUGGCUGGCCUCGGUUGCCGCAAGAACAGGUGCCGGGGCCAGUCCACCGUCGCAUGCUUCUCUACCCACGAUGGACCCAACUUGUGGUUCGAAUGAAACUGGUUUCAUUAAUAGUCAGCCUUCAAUGGCAGAAUUUAUGACAGCAUUACCACAACUCGCGAACGAUGGUCCUCUUCAAGAAACAUCUGGAAGCAGUAGAGCUCUAAGCCCUGGAACCCAUCAUUCUAAUUACCAUGACAUAUUAGAUCCUCACAAUGCUCCGGAUCCAUCGACUAUAAAUGUUCCUGAAUAUCCAUGGAUGAAGGAAAAAAAAACUACAAGAAAAAAUAAUCAACAAGAAAAUGGAUUGCCACGAAGACUACGGACUGCUUACACAAAUACUCAACUACUUGAGCUCGAGAAAGAAUUUCAUUUCAAUAAAUAUUUAUGCCGUCCAAGAAGAAUUGAGAUUGCAGCUUCAUUGGAUCUCACGGAAAGGCAGGUGAAAGUAUGGUUUCAAAAUCGUCGAAUGAAGCAUAAAAGACAGACGUUGAGUAAAGAAGAUUGCGAUGAGAAAGAUAUUUUAUCUUCGGAAGGCGUAGAAAACCUUAAAGGAGAUAAAUCGCUCACAGAUGAAGACGAACAGAAAAACUGCCGUAAAUGUGAUAUUUCUGGUGGAACUACUAUAAAAAAUACUCUAAAUGAAAUUAGUGAUAAUAGUUUAUUGCAUUCUGGCAAUAAUUCCUUGAAUACUACGAAUAAUAGGGGCUCGAGUUCAAAUGUGACAUUUAAUAACAACAGUAACGGUGCUAGUAGCAUCGGUAGUACAAAUAGUGUAUCAAGUUCAUUUGAACGAUUGAUAGCUGAUGAAGAUUCAAAAUCCAAUGACAACUGUGCAAUAGCAUCCCCAAAAUUGACCGUAAAGAAAAUAAAUGAAGUGAAAAUUAAAAUAGAAAGUGAUCACAAAAAUUUGAACUCCGUUCAAAGUCAAUUAAUUAUAAGCAAAAAAUCUCCAUCGACUUGUACUCAGGAAGUAUGCAAAAUUACAAAUAGUGGAACUAGAUUAGCUAUUUCGGAUCCAACUGGAGUAAAUCCGUCUGUACCUGGUCAAAAUUCAUCGACUAGAAGUUUAACACCAUCAUCAACACCAGGAACUCCAGCAUCUAUUCAAUUACAGCAAGGCAGUCCCUUAGGAGUUCAAUCUAAUCCAAUUGCUUACAUGCAAAGGUCACAAAGUUCUCCAUCAUCUGUAAAUUCUGUUCUUAAUACUGUUACCCAUGAUCAUUCUAACACUGAUCUUAAAACAUCCCAUGCAUCACGAAAUAAUCCUAUUGCGUCGCAGAUAAACACUCAUCCAUUACAAAAUGCGUAUCAAACAACAAAAAAUUUCGAUUAUCGAAAUAAGCAAACUAUUAGCAGGCAAAAUUUUCAAAUCUCAACUCAUCAUAAUCAAUCCCAAAGUCUGUAUGGUAAAAGAGACACUUAUCAGCAACGUAUGCUACUAACGAAUGAAGUACAUCCACUAUAUUCUCGAAAUAACCAAAUAACUGCAAGUAUAGCAAAUCAUAAUAAAAGAACAAAUGCAACGUCUAAGCUUAAUUACAAUCCCCCAACGCAAUAUCCGCAACAGCAAAUGUUUUAUUUACAUUCAAGCGAUUAUAACGGAUACUUACAAAAUGGACCUAACUAUCAUACAUCAUAUCAUAAAAACAUGCAAAGUGAAAAUAUUUAUGGUAUCACUCAAAGUUAUCCUAACUCUCAUAAUGAUCAUACGUCGGAAGGGUAUAUAAGUGGUAAUAACUACAAUUAUACUGCAUCCGGAAUAUAUCAUACAACUGAAGAAAGUAUAAAUUCACACCACCAGCCCAGUAUGUCAUUGCAAACAGGUCAUCAUUACUAUAAUAGUAUCCCCCCUCAACCAUUGCAACAAGAAAAUCCUACAGAAGUAUAUGCUGUUCAUGGGCCAUCUAUUCCAUCGAGUCAAGGCGAAGAGAGAUAUGUGAACAAAUAUUCGAGCACUUACUAUACACCAAAUACUCAAUUACAGAUUCACCAUGGUGGUGAAGCUUCAAAUAUUCCUAGUAGCUAUGUAUCAUCUCCAGAUCCUUUCCCGACAUCUGGAAUAACAACUACGGCAACAGCCAUAGCUGCUGCUACUGCUACUGUCAUUACUCCUCCAGAAAGUGUUGGACAAGUCGAAAACAACUCAGAAUCAUAUGAUAAUUUAAAUAAUUUUUAUGUUGAUCCAACUCAUGCUGUAGCAUCCUCGCCAUCGGCUGAUACUAGCAAUAAUUGCUCUGACUUUAAUUUUCUUAGUAAUUUAGCCAAUGACUUUGUGCCAGAAUACUACCAACUAAGCUGAGCUUUUGAAAACAAAAUCUAAUCAGCAGGACUG